AUGAAAGACCGGCUAAACGAGCUGCGUGAAUUUGCCAGGUUACACAACCAACAGUUUUCUGAUAGUCAGGAUGAUGAAAAUUCACCCCAUGAUGUUCUCCUUUAUGAGACUGAUUAUGCCUUGGAAAUUCUUCAUAAAGACAUACAGAACAUCCGGACAGAAAAUGACCACCUAAAAGAGGAUGUCAAGCGGCUCAGAAAGCAAAACAGCCGCUUCCUUACUUCCAUGCGCCGUCUUAGUAGCAUCAAACGAGAUACUAAUUGUAUUGCCAGAGACAUCAAGGCCCGUGGGGAAAGCAUCCACAGGAAACUCCAGAUAAUGAGAGAUUUCAGUGAAGAUGCAAUAACAAAAUACGGGGCUAUGUCUGUCAUCGCCAGGGUAGCGAAGAAUCACUACGUUGACCUGAUGCACGCAUUCCAGGAAGCUAUGUUUGAAUACAAUGCAACGGAGAUGAACCAACGGGAGAACUGCAAGAUUCGAAUUCAGCGGCAGCUAGAGAUCAUGGGCAAAGAUGUUUCUAGCAACCAGAUUGAGGAGAUGAUUGAACAAGGCAAGUGGGAUGUCUUCUCUGAGAAUCUCUUGUCGGAUGUUAAGGGGGCUCGCUCGGCCUUGAAUGAGAUAGAGACACGCCAUAAGGAGCUGGUGAAGUUAGAAGGUCGCAUUAAGGAAGUUCACGAGCUCUUUCUGCAGGUGGCCCUGCUAGUGGAGGAACAGGCAGACACCUUUGAUGUCAUUGAGAUAAAUAUGCAAAAUGUUGAGGACUAUGUAGGAGAAGCUAAAGAGCAAGUGAAAAAAGCUUUGGAAUACAGAAGAAAGCACCCCCUCAGAACAAUCCUCUGCUGCUGCUUAUCCUGUUGCCGAAGGUGA